UAUAAAGCUCUUGACCGCAAUGUGCGCAAACUCUUGACUUGCCCGCUGUACUGGGUUCCCCGUACCUUCUCGACCCUCACUGGGUUGGUCCCUACCAGUCCUUCAUCAUGUCCCAUCUUCCUGUUUUCUCCUUUGUCGAAGGCUCUGUUGCCAGUGUCUACCAGGCCCUCUUCCUUCUCUUCAUCACAGUACGACAAUAUGUGCUUGAACACAUCGAUGUCUUUGCACCAAUCGGAAUAUUGCAGAUCGUUCUACUGUCGUGGAUAUGUGCGGUCAUCUUCACGACUGCCUUCCUUCUCGCUUUGCGAAGGAUAGUCAAGUUACUACGAUCGCAGUGGUCUCGAAGCUCACGCAGGAAACAUGAUUACGAGUAUGACCUGGAGAUGUGUGAGGACGGGCAUUGUGAAGAGCAUCGAACAGAGGCCAUCCCUGUUUACUUGGCAGUAGGACAGAGGAGAAGUCUGUCCUUGGGUAAGAGUGUCAACCGAAAAGGUGGCCAAUACCAGUUCGGUGUGCUCGUCCCUGUGAUGAUUGAGCGAAACGAUCGCUUCUACGAUGAUUGAUUACGGGUGACAUGUAUUUAAACGUUUAAGUUUCAGCCCGAGGCCCCGAGACCUGAUGGGAUCGUAGGGCACCUCUCAACAUUCUUCCAUCAUAGUUCAUUCUAUCGCUACAUUGUAACAACACUCACUGCUUCGUCCAGGCAUAGAUUUGCCGAUAUAUUCUUGGUGUUAUUUGGUGUACAUGUGUGUAGGGUUACGUUUUUACUCUCCUGUAUCAUAUUCUGCAGCUCACGAUCCUGCUUGUAACAUGACAUCCGAUCGUUGUAUCCUA